AAGACAUCAUGGUGCAAUCUGUGGCUCUUCUCAUACAGGAAAACAACUAUCAGGUGAAAAGUCCUCUCUUGCAGUUGAUUAGAAGUUUUGCAUGCUGUGGGUAUCUCACCCUGCCAGGAGGCAGUGUACUUGUGGAUUUUCUCAUUCGGCAGUGUGAACUCCCUGUCUGCACCAUGAAGCCUGAAGGUGACUGGGAUGAAGAGGCAGUCCAGGUGUAUAGUAUGGACACCCUAAACCUGCGACUGAACUCCCAACCCCUCAGGCACUCCUGCUACAUCUUUUGGUGAUUUCAUUGUAUCCAUACAAAGAUGGAGGCUGUGGGGUUGUUGCUCUCCAACUGCUGCAUGCCCUCCACCCUCUCAACUCUCUCCAUCCUGUGAUUCAUUCCGAUUUGGGACAAUUGUGGAUGGAGAUGAUUCCUCAGCUUAUACAAUAUCUAGAAGCACAUAAUGAAGGAACUCUGGAAGAGGAGAAAUGGAAGGACAAGCUGCUUCAG